AUGCAAAGAAGAAAACUCAAACUCAACUAUAAUACCGAAAUAAAUAUCGAAAAAAAGGAUGGUUUUGUUUUUGAAGGAUCAGUCAAAAACGAAUUCCACUCUUUGGAACUAAUUACACAAAUUAAUUCGAACAAGUCAUCCAACUUAAGGAGCAAUUCAAAAGUACUCUUCGCAAGAAAUCCAAAGUUUCAUACAAGUAAAAGAAAAAAACUGUUUAUUUGUGACAGUUGUGAAAAUGUACAUUAUACUAAAUCAAAAUUGAUUACACAACGUUUGUGUCAAACAAUCGAAAGAUUUUUGUUUGACUGUCAUAUCAAUAGUGAAAAGAAUGCCACUGGGUGGGAGAACACUAGCAAAGAAACAUAA